AUGGACUUGACACCUAACAACAACGGGGGCCUUCCUGAGCUGCUGGACUCUGCAACCAAGGCCGGCUUCUCCAGCCUGGGGCUGGUAGACUUGGGGGGUCUGGACCUCCACAGCUCCCACCUCAAAGCAGGUGCUACCCUGCCUCUCUACUCAGGGUUGUCACAUAGCUCACCUUCCUGCCCAAAGCUUGCUGGGAGUCUCUGGUUGUGUGGAGUGGGGGGCCAGAUCCUGGUCCCAGCCCUGACAUUGGUCUGGCCUUUGCAGAGUGGAGGGUAUGAUCUCAACCUCUUCACCAGCCCUCCAGACUGCAACUUCCUGUGCUCCAUCUGCCAUGGGGUGCUCAAGAGGCCAGUGAGGUUGCCAUGCAGCCACAUCUUCUGCAAGAAGUGCAUCGUCCGGUGGCUAGCCAGACAGAAGACCUGUCCUUGCUGUAGAAAAGAGGUGAAAUGGAAAAGGAUGGUCCACGUGAAUAAACUCCGGAAAGUCAUUGGCCGCCUGGAAGUCAAGUGCAAGAACGCCGAGGCUGGCUGUUCGGUGACGUGCCCCCUGGCCCAUCGUAAGGGGCACCAAGACUCAUGCCCACUCGAGCCAAUGGCCUGCCCCAACGAAGGCUGCUCGGCGCAGGUGCCACGCCGAGCCCUGGCCGAGCACGGGCAGCACUGCCAGCACAGCGCCCAGCAGCGCUGUCCCAUGGGCUGCGGGGCCACCCUUGGCCCUGCCGAGCGGGCCGACCACAACUGCUACCGUGAGCUGCGAGAAGCCUGGGGCCUGCGCCAGGAACGCAGCCGCGCCCUGCUGUCACGCCUGCGGAGGUGCGUGCGCCGGGUGCACCGCGCCACCAACCUCAUCCGCCGGCAGCUGGCCCAGCUCGCCGACUUCCUGGAGGAGGACCAUGCCCAGCUAGAGGGUGCACCAGAGGAGGAGGAGCCGGAGGCCGCCCCGGAAGGCAGCAGUGGGGCUGGGGUGUCGGGGAUUCGGGCCCAAGAUGCCUUGUACAUAGAGGGUUAAAUAAAAGAGGAGCCCAGGCCUGGCCCACCUCGGCGCUAGUGUGCCUACCUCUCCUGUCGCCUCCCCAGAAUCGCUUUGACGUAUCCUUUGAAUUCUCUAGGCUGUUUCCCAUCAUUGGGUCUCUACACUGGCUCUUCCCCCUGCCUGGAAGGCUCUUGCCUUCCCUCACUCUUCAUUGCCCUGGUUCUUUUCUCCGAUCAUCUCCCAGCCUCCUUCCAGGUUACUUUCUACCAACCUCUUUUACCAGCCUAAAGCCAAUAGCACAAACCCCGAACUCAGUGAAAGAAUCAACUCGUUACAGCAGCCCAUAAAGCACCCUCCUGACCUCCUCCCUGCUCACUUCCUGCACCCACACUACUGUUACUCCUGCUACUUACCAGGUAUGCAGCCAGCCCAGGACCUUUGCACUGGCUGUUCCUCAGCCUACUUCUCAGUGACUCCUUCUCCACCUACCCCAUUUAAAACCGCACCUCCUGCACUCCGGCAUCCCUUAUGCUAGACUAUAUUUUCCACAGCAUUUAACUAUUAUGAAGUUAACGCUGGGUUUAACUAUUAUGAUUCUCUUGCCAGUCUCACCCCACCAGCUAAAACAUGAGCUACUAGAUUUGUGUUUACUGGUGUCUUCCAGGUGCCUAGAACAGUGCUUUGCACAUAUAAGGUAUUCAAUGAACAUUUGAAUGGCUCUGAAAUUGCCCGAUUUAUUUAUUUACCUGCGUUAUAUCAGACUGAGCCCCCUGAGGCAGGGACUGGUUCACCCAACCGAGCUUGACCCCCGUAUUCCAGAAUGCCGAGAAAGCAGAAAUUUUGAGGUUGCUUUAAUGAUAUUGGAGCCCUGGUGGCGCUGUGGUUAAGCGUUGGGCUGCUAACCAAAAGGUCGGCAAUCCGAAUCCACCAGUCGCUCCUUGGAAACCCUAUGGGGCAGUUCCACUCUGUCCUAUAGGGUAGCUAUGAGUCUGAAUCCACUCGAAGGCAACAGGUUU